CACACUCAGUACUGUACUGCCUCGGAAGGUAUCUUGCACAACCCCACAUUGUUGAUGAUGGCGAAUUGUUCCCCACCUCCAGCUUCCCCAAGGCGUCGGUAAACCAUCUAGACGAGGGAUAUCAUCCCGUACCAACCUGAAAAUUGUGAACAAGAUCUCAAAAUUUUGAUACAUCUCCUAGCAUCAAAGACAAACUAAGCAUGACUCUCAACAGUGUCCUCCUCAUCGGCGCCGGUAACCUCGGCAGCUUGAUCCUCAAGCAUCUCCAGGCCUCUUCUCACAAGUUCACCAUCACUGUAUUGACUCGGGAAUCGUCAACCGCGCAGUUCCCAUCGUCGGUAAAGGUCGCUAAGGUUCCCGAUGCUUACCCACACGCGCAGCUCGUGGAAGCCUUCAAAGGUCAUGAUGUCGUCGUCUCCGCAAUCUCCAUGAUGGGCAUGCACCAGCAGUACAAAUUCAUCGACGCCGCCGUGGAAGCCAAGGUCAAGCGCUACAUCCCCACUGAGUACGGUCUCGACGAUCUUCCAGAUUGGUUGACGGAGCUGAGGCCCAUGUUCCGGACCAAGCAUGACGUGCGGGAUUACUGUUUCGAAAAGGAGAAAGAGGGUCUAUCCUGGACGUGCAUCGUCUGCAAUGUCUUUUUUGAGAUGGGCAUUCAGAGUGGCUUCUUCCAAUUCGACUGGAAAACGAAGACGGCUGAAUUGAUCGACGGGGGAGAGGCCAAAUGGCCGGCCACCACUUUGGAUACCGUUGCCAUCGCCGUUGUCAAGGCCGUUGAGAAGGACGAAGCGACUAAGAAUAAACUGCUGUUGAUACAGGAUUUCAGGACGAGCCAGAAGGAGAUCCUAGAUGCCUUGCCGGGAAAGUGGAAGGUAGAGAAUGUGAAGUAUGAAACGUGGUUGGAGGAGGCUAAGGAGAAGGUUCGGAAUAAUGAUGAUAGUGCCCUUCCCAAGCUGACAUUUGGGUCGGUGGUCACGGGAGCGGAAUGGAAGGAUAGAAAGGAGUUCGGAAACGAGUUGUUGGAUUUGCCGACAAAGUCAUUCAAGGAAGCAAUGGAGGAGGCAUUGAGGGGGGUGCAGUCAUGAUGCGGCAGGGCAGAUGAAGUCGACGAGGCUACGAGGCUGUGCCAAGAAGAAUAAAUAUUCUCCAAAUCUGACACUUCUGAGUCGUUAGUUCUCAA